AUGCCCAUCCACAUCCGCCGGGCCACGCCGGCCGACCUCGACGCCAUCGCCCGCAUCAACGCGGCCUGCUUCAUGGGCGACGCCAUCUCCAGCGCCAUCUACCCGGCGCGCCUGGCCUCCACGGAGCAGGACGAGCUCACGACGCAGAUCACGUGCCGCAAGUUCCGCAUGGCGAGGCGGAUCCACGACCCCUCGGCGGCGAUCUUCGUGGCCGUCGAGAAGGGCGGGGACGGGGACGGCGGCGAGGGGGGAGGACAAGAAGGAGAGGUGGUCGUCGGGUUCAACAUGUGGGACCUCCCCAAGGGCGAGUGGGAGCUGGACGAGGAGACAAAGGAGGGCUUCGAGGAGCGGGCCAAGGAGCUCGUCGGGGUCGAGGCGUACGAGCGGUCGAUCAAGUGCGUCGACAUGGAGCUGUUCGCCAAGGUCAAGAAGCUGAUGGAGAAGAUGGCCAUCGAGGUGCUUGGUGAGGAGGGGAAGGAUGAUGCCUACUAUCUCGCCUUCCUCUGCGUAGAUCCGGCGCAUCACCGCAAAGGCAUCGGCAAGCAGCUGAUGCAGUGGGGGGUGGACGAAGCGGCCAGUCAAGCAAAAGACGCUUGGUUGGUCGGCACCCCGGCCGGCGUGAGACUGUACCACACCUGCGGGUUCGAAACCGUUGGCGAGACCGACUUCUUUGGUGUCCCGCAUACCACAAUGCUCCUCAAGAACAGUCCGAGCAUCAUUCACCCUCCUCCUCCUCUCCCUGCUCCGCUCCUCCCUGGCAUACACGCACACGCCCGUCAUGACGAGCAGCCCGCACAGGACCUGGUCCCCGGCCGCCCGCGCGUCGUAGAUCUCCAGCACUCCGAACUCCGACAUCCCGGCGUCGGCGCCGCCGAAGCGCGCCACCACGCUGCCGUCCGCGUCCUCGAGCUUCAGGAGCCUGUCCGCCGAGCCCAGGGCCUCGUCGUCGUGGGCCCACCGGUACCCCCGGUACCCCCGGUGCCCGCCGCCCACGGUCUCGAGGCCGUACGACGCCGAAGAGCGGCGCCCGUCGCGCUUGAUCCGCACCUCGGUGCCGUCGCCCAGGCGGCAGUCGAGGAACCUGCCCCUGACGACGUGUAUCAGGCAGUGCCCGACGUCUUCGCCGCCACUCGAGAGCGGCGACUGAUUACUGCCGUCGGCGGGGGAGGAGUGGUGUACGGCCACUUUGAUGGCGUCGCGGCGUCCCUUCUGCUUGGCGAGCGUGAUGCUGUACGGCUGGUAGGAGGACGGGGUCGGCGACACGGUCAGUUUGCCGCUCAGGGACUGCGUGAUGUUGUAUGUGACGACCGGGUCGCUGAAUGA